AUGAGCGGCAGUCGAUCUAGAAAAGAUCCAAGAAAUCGUGGAUUAAUAGCAGAUUUGAUUAACUUAGAUGCAAAGAAUGAAAACUGUCCUCUGAAGCCAGAUGCAGCAGUAAAAAAGAAUGGAGGUCUCUUUCUAUCUCUUCAUGGAGUAAAAGUGGAAAUUCCACCUGGUGCAUCAACUGGACGCCGUGAACGAGUUGUUUGUGCAGCGUUUCCAAGCACAGCUAGAGCAGGUGUAGCACCAUGGUUAGGUCCAUAUAUGCGUAUGGCAAGUGAAAUGCAUAUGUUAUACUCACCUGUCAGCUUCAAAAUGCCAGUUGCUGUAUUCAUUCCGUUUUCGUUUGCUGCUGCUCGUGAAAUGUCGUGUCCAAACGAAUCCAUACCGGCACCAGUGGAACGUAUGAAACGAUCUGAAUCUAAGGAUUCAUCACUAGAUGGUAGCCGAUCGAUUAAAAUUUCACCAAGACCGAAAGGCAAAGCACCUUAUACAAUGCAUUUUGGAGAUCAUCGUCCUAAAGUUCCGAAUUUAAUUGAUGCUAGAAGUGUUUCACUACUACAAUGUCGAAUCGGUAGUGAUAACUGGAAAGUAGUAGACAAAUUCACGAUUGUUCAACCGACAGUUCAACAUACAAAAUGGCCUUCAGAAGCACGUAAAUUAAUGUCUCAAUCAAGUAGAUGGGCAGAAAAUAAUCCCCUUGCAUCUGCUCCUUCUCCACCUUUAAAAGAAUCCAGUCAACCUAUUGGAAAGAAAGGGAAUACAAGUGGAAAAAAUAAACGAUCACAAAAUCAAUCAUUAAAAGAUAGUGAACCGUAUGAUUUUAUGAAUAAAAUUGAAAAUUACUGUGGUGGUGUUUUUAUACAUACAGAAGAAUUAAAUCAUUGUUAUGUACUAGUCAAUGCAAAUAAAGCUGAAGGAUUUUGGAUUAAUCGUGAUGGAGGCUUAUUUUUAUCCCCAUCACUUAAUCCAUUCCUGUCUGUACGUGUCCCAAAACGUGUUUGUCCCACCCAAGAAAGAGCUAUAUUCAAAACAAUUGAAAUACGGAGUAACUGCCUAAAUUUAGCUUAUCAGUUCGAUGGUCUAUUGAAUGAAAUUGAAGGUUGUUCAGAUAUAUAUGAUUUACAGUUACAAGAUAUUAUGUUGAAACGGCCAGCGACAAUACGCUUACCUUUACCUCAGUGGUAUAUCGAUAGACGUAAUAAGCCUACAGAAAGUUUAGAGCAGGGCAGUGCAAAUGAUAUUAAUAUGGUGUCAAAUGCUCCUGUUCAAUAUCCAACAGCAUCAGAAAUGACGGUGCCUGUCCAAGAUAAAGGAUUAGUUAUCCUAUUUCAGCACUCUGGACAUUUAAAACAAAUUGUCUGGCAGACAGCUAAUGUUGAAGAGUUAAAAGAAGAAAUGACUCGACGUAAAUCACGUAUUCGUGCUAGUCGUAAAGAUAAUCUGAAUUCAUCAAGAUGUCGGGUAGACAGUAUAUUUAUACGUUUAGGCUGGCCAAAUCUAUUGGUUGGUAUAAGAGGUGGACCAUGGCAAGCUGUUAAACAACCAGUGUAUCAUACAAAAAAGACUAUUUGCUUUGAUGCAACAGUUUUAGGAAGAUUUGUUCUUAUCGGAGCUCGAGAUUCAGAACGUACAGCAAGCAGUAAACUAGCCCACUUAAUGACACGUAUUGAAUCGCUAGCUUGUGCUCCACCUGGUGCAUUACUUAUCUGUUUACAAUUAGCUCCAAAUAAUUGGCGAAUCAUGGCCAAUGUCUAUCCUGAAGAACAACUGACUCAAGCAAUUCAGAGACAAAUUCAGGCUGGUUUCAUUCCAUUGGUUCAAUUUGGCCCAGGAGUAGUAAGAAAAGCUCUUGGUCUAAAUAAUGCUGUCAUACAAGCAUUAGAGCAUAAUUAUUCUGCUGAAACUGGAGUACCCAAAGAAAGACGUUAUCGUUUAACUGGACAUGAUAUUAAUCACGUACUAAUGUUCAACGGUUUGUGCUUAGAAUUACGAUUUCAAGGUGAUAUACAAAUCAAAUCAGUUAGCCAAUUUGAAACUUAUACAAAUUGUAUUCGUACUAAAGAUAAAGAGAUUAAAAUGGUGAAUUCACCUCCGCUUGGACUACUUGCAAGUGAUAAAGGUCACCGUUAUUCAUUUUCAGAAACUAAUUUGGAUUUGCAAUUCAAUUUACAACCAAGGUCUAGUUUGUUUACAUUUGAGAAGAAAGAAGAUAAGAUAACACAAACAACACUUUUAAGUAAACAUGCUAGAAUCCAGUUGCAUGAAUUACUGUCAGAUACAUCGUGUAUCGUUGAAAUUGAGCCUGUUUUGUCUACAGAAGAAAAGUAUUCUGAACGCAGUACUAUAAAAGCACAGUAUUUGUCAGACUUAUUAAAAAAGCCAACUCCUCAAGUACAUGGACCGAAUGAUGAAUCUGAAUCUGAAUCUGAUAGUGAAGACGACGAAUAUGAUGAAGACCUUAUUUCCACCAGACGAUUUUCAAAUUAUGCAGAGAGAACUCCUACAUCUGAUGAUGGAAAAGAGCCAGAGGAAUCAUUUACUGACGGAAAACCGAAAGAUCGAUCUUACUCGCCUACACAUCUUAAUGAAGAUUUAUUUAGUCGUUUGGAGAGUAUGAUAGAGAGUGGCAAGAUAAUUAGAUCUAGUGAAUUCAUUACGAAGAUACAUGAAUUAUAUCAUGUAGGGAAUAUCGAGGUUUGGUUAAUCCCACCGGAUAACAUGUCACAAGUUGAAUCAAAAGAAGACGAUGAAGACAAAGAUACAGAAGAUGUAAACCUAGAAAUUCUAAAUCUUAAAAUGCCUAAUUACAUACCUAAUUUAAAAUAUGGAGGUUAUGGAGAAAAUACAUUUCAAAUCACAGGAUAUCCCACUCCACCUACAUCACCUAAUAAUGUAGUAACACCUAGAUUAUCUCAAAUACAUGAAGUGAAAAUUAAUCUUGAACCCAAUUUACCGGAGAAUCAAGAUUCACAUAAUAUAAUUCGUUUGAAUACUGUUGCUGGUAUGGAAACUGCUCGAGGUAAACCUCCAACUGGUGUUAUAAUGUCUGACUUUCCAUCUAAUCCUGAAGCACCAUUGGCAACCUAUAAUGUGAUGAUUGAUCCUGAUAUAUUUAUUACCUAUUUGAAAGCUUUAACAUCUAAACCUAAAAGAUUAAUGACCACUGAAAGUACAGGUGAACGUUUUAACAAAAUGAGUAGAAGCAGUUCUUUCGCAACUCGAAGAAAAUCUGCUAAAGCUUUUCGUUCUGAUGAUCCAAGUCCACCAAGAAGACCUACUUAA